GAAUACAUACCCACAUUUUUCGAGUUUCUAAUUGCAGUAUUUAAAAAGCAGCAACCAAGCACUGUAGCACCUCACUCUAUAGGUAAAGAAGAAGUUGUACAUGUGGCUGUACAUUAGAUCCGGUUUCUCAGUAUAUCAAUACCAAGCUUAAGUUUUAAUUACAUAGCUAUAGCGUAGAUUAAAUAGGUAGUACUUAAUAUCAUAGUAACUUCCAAUAUGUCCUUGAUUUCAACGGUCGCCGCAGUAGUGGGCCUAUUAGCUAGUGUUUCUGUAGCAGACGUUCCGGCCGAUUGCCGUGUGAAUGAGAUCAAGGGGAGUUGGCUGGUAAGACGCGGACCGGGUAACAAUGACAACACAAUCACCUGCAAUGAGAACAGUGACGUCGCCAGCCGUGACGUGAUUCAGAUGUCACUCUUGUAUCCCAACAUAGUGAGCAGUGCAGAGGGACACGAGGGCAAUUUUACACUGGUGUACAACCAAGCCUUUGAGGCCUACAUAGACGGGGUAGUAUACUUUGCUUUUGUCAACUGGGAGAAGACUCCCGACUAUGGAGAUGUCAGUUCUAUCUUCCACUGUGGUCAGACGAUGACUGGCUGGUAUCAUGACUACGACGGCAGCAACUGGGGCUGUUUCAAAGCACAAAAGAUGAAUGCGAAUGAGGCACACAUUGUUAAGGAGAUCAAAAAGCCCCCCGUCAAAGCAGAGGAUUUGCCAUCCCCAGCCGAUGACGCCAACGGGGCCGUGGACACUCAUGCGGAUUUUGUGCAACGCAUCAACGCAGCUCAGAACGAAUGGCAGGCGACUGAGUACGAGCCCUGGCAAGAAGAACAACUGGAUGCCAUCUUAAAGUUCCGAACAUCUCACGGCGCUCCUGACACCACAUCAUACGAGAGGACGACAACUGAUGCCGACUACUUCGAACGAAGACAACGUCUGCUCCCCAAAGUCGAGAACGGUGAAAACGCUGCUAUUUCAUUGGUGGUCCCGGAUACAAAUAGCCGCAUCUCAUUGGCGCAGAGUGCUUAUCCGGAGAGUUUUGAUUGGAGGGAUGUAGAUGGUGUGAACUAUGUGAGUCCCGUGCGCAAUCAAGACAAGUGUGGUUCUUGCUACGCGUUCGCGGCUGCUGGUAUGCUUGAGGCCCGUAUCCGUAUCGAGAGCAAUAACGCGUUGCAGCCUGUGCUAUCGCCUCAGGAGGUGUUGAACUGCUCGCCCUAUACGCAGGGCUGUAGUGGCGGGUUCAGUUACCUAGUUGCAGGUAAACAUGCCAAAGACUUUGGACUUGUAGAGGAGGACUGCGUGCCGUAUAACGGUGCGGAGAACGAGUGCCCUGCCGACAAAUACAAAGAGUGCACGCGCUGGAAGGUUUCCCACUACAGCUACGUAGGUGGUUACUAUGGCAACGGCGACGAAGAAGCUAUGAUCAAAGAACUGGUGGAAAACGGGCCCAUGACUGUCGGUUUUGAGGUGUACCCUGAUUUCAAGGCAUACAAGAUUGGCGUCUACAGCCACACGGCCACCGACCCCAAACGUUCCACCAGCGACUUCUAUGAGAUUGUCAACCACGCUGUGCUUGUGGUCGGCUAUGGGGUCAACGAAACGACGGGAACGAAAUACUGGACCGUCAAAAACUCAUGGGGGCCAUGGUGGGGAAUGGACGGGUAUUUCAACAUCAAACGUGGCUCUGAUGAAGCGCAAAUCGAAAGCAUGCCUACUUCAGCUACUGUUAUGCUACCGUAAACGGUAUAGACUAACGCGAUAUUAAGGUGACGGUUGGGUUUUAAAAAACCUCAAACCAUUAUAGUCCUUAUGGCACCAUCCUAUUUUCAGAAACACUUCACAUGUUUACACCUAUCUGGGUGUUGCGUUGCCUUUUAUGGAGUGCACCGCGGUACUCAGUUUUUGUGGGUUUACAACAUUACAUUUGCACAGCCUCCAGAUACUUCCCGUCAAUGGGUUUUUAUAAUAAACAAUACAAUACGACAAAUCACAA